CUUAAGUUGGCCAGGAAGUGAUUGGUAUUCGCGUGAUCAGAAAUAAAGUAAUAGACUUAGUCUAAACCUCAACUAAACAGCAACUGUUGAGAAAAAAAAAUCAAAAAUUAAAUUUUUGAUAUUUUACGUUUGAAAAACCUGGCCAGAUACAUGUCCAUCAAGUUAAAAAAAAAACCACCAUACAAACUAAAAGAAUCUAUUUCCGUGGUGGAGGCUUGCCAGGCAUGAGCAAGCUAUUUAUAGCAGAGUGAAGGGCAGGCCUCUGUCCCAUUGGCUCAUAUUUCUCACGGCUCAGACUAAACUUCGACUGACGGUGCCCCGCUCUGGGGAAGAAUAGGAAAUCGUAUCUCAUAUUCAUUUCGACUGCCCCAGACUUGAUCUCCUGGGAAAUUCUCGACAUGCUUGGCGACAUAUAUGCACUACGCAAAACAGUGGAGUUGGUGUCCAGGGCUUUUGCAAGAGAGGAUUCGAACCUCACAAGCCCUCACUUUAAUAAAAGUUUGAUGAGGAUGAUUCUAUAGUAGAAUGAAUAAUUUCAAUAAAAAAGAUAAAGAUCCACUUGAUUCUAAUUACUAUGUAAAAAAGCGGUCACUAAAUCGCACCAUUUCUAUUUUUCUUUAAAGAUUAAACCGAGCAUUCCGCAUGGAGAAAAGAAAUCAGACGUCUGACAGAUCAAGUAAAAAAUAUCACUGGUAAAAUGAGAAAAUGAAAUCUACAUAAAAGUAAACAUUUAAAAAUAAGUUACAUAUCUACAUGACAACUAGAUAUAAAGCGUUAAUACGUUAUGUCCCCCUGGGCAUUCCUUAACGCCAACAAGUGAAAAUGAUUUCUAUGAACGUGACCAAUACUAAAAGAAAUGGAAGGCCUUCUGAAAUGUGUAACAGUUUGGACGAUUACUUUGAUCAAAUUAACCAUUCUAAGAACCACGGCAGAAACAUACACGAAACACUUUCUGGUGUGAGCUCUGAUCAUAGUCAUAAAUCAAAUCAAGCGCUGAGAAUUCCAAGAAAAUCUAGGUCAGCUUGCCAGCAAACUUUAGUAGCAGCACUGGGGCAUCCCAGAACAAUCGUAUCUGCUAGCCACCAGACACCAUCGAAUCAAGCACUUGAAAAAACUCCCAAAGAAGUCGUCUGUCGCUACAGACGGCCAUACACUAAACAAGAGCUAGCUCGUGCCUUGCCUCGAAGAAGUUUUUUCAGCUGCCACGAGAACGCACUGCGGGAGGCCAAAUUAACCCGCAAAUUAACAGAGAAGCUGAAUCGUAACAGGGGGGAACCAGCACCCAUUAGUCGUGGUAGGCCUACUAUAAAGCCACUUAAUUCAACUUUACAUAUGCUUGAUUCUGACCGUAUAAACACCAACUUAAAAGAAUGUCUAGACACUAGUAACGGUGUUGAUUUUUUUAAAGGGACGCAGCCAACGAUUGACAAUAUUGAGCCUCUGUUUAAAUAUCUUGAGUACGUCAAGGCAAACCAAGAAGAGUUCCUACGCUAUUUGCAAGCCAAGAAACUUGUAGCAGACGACACUCAAAGCUCAAUUAUUAAAUUAGGCCACGCUUUUGAAUUGCGCCACCAUGGUGGACAAAUUCAAAGGUCUUUCGACGACUUAGAUGUAGUUGUUAUGGCAGCCAAGAUUUUAAAUCACAGAACAAGUCUGAGAGCUAGUCGUACGGACAAUAUGUGGCGAUCAGGAUUACUUCCUGAUAAUUCUCAAAGCUUUGUAGAAAAAAUAUCACGAGAUGAAAGCACGCCCAAGACAGAGCUCGAGAAACGAUUGCUGAGGGCUGAAGAAUGGGCAACUACUGUGUCCACGUAUGCCCUAAACAGGAUUAAACAGCAGGUUCUAAAAGAUCUAGGAUAUGGUGACCAUGACCUAGAGAUGUGGUGGCAGCCUCUUCAAACGUGUCAGUAUUUGAGGACUGGACCUUCGUCAUAAACUCAGUUCGCUCUCAUUUGGAAACAAGAUGUGCAUAAAUAUCAUCGACCACUAUGCAUGGUACUAAUUGGAUUGUAUUCAUUUAUCUGUGAGAGCAACCCAUCCACAAGGGCCACCCACGAGUUUGUGAGUGAUGCAAACUCCCUUUAUUAUCUUGUCUUAUAUUUAUAAUUACUCAACAUAAAUGACGGACGAAAAUAAGAUCGUGAUAAAAUUUUAUUGCUGCACAAAUUUCCUUCCAUAAAUAUGUCAGUAUUUCAAGAGUUUAUUGAUUCGUAGACUGUUACUGGAGGCCAUAUAGUGACUUGAGCCUGGAUUCGAUACCUGGUCUUCUUAAAACCACUUCUUGGUUGUUGUUUUUUUGUUUAUCUAUGGCCGUGUGUAACUUGGAGGGAUGGGGAAGUGGAGGAGACCUACAAUGUUGACUUUUACAUUUUCUACUCUAGGUGGAACAAAUCUCAAUGGACAGAAAAGCUAAACCAGUCUUUGUAGCACCAGAUGCCGUCGCUUGUAACGAAAUUCUAUUUAAUUUUGACCUGUGCUCUUGUGAUUCUGCUAAAUAUCCCACACCUUUCUGGUGUUAAUUGACGUAAUUCAGUCUAGUUUGAGGCGGUAAUUUCUCUUCCAUUCCUCAAGAUGGUCCUGUGUCACUGAGACCUAUACAAUGGUCAAGAUGAUCCUGUGUCACUGAGACCUAUACAAUGGUCAAGAUGGUUCUGUGUCACAGAGACCUAUACAAUGGUCAAGAUGGUUCUGUGUCACAGAGACCUAUAAAAUAAGAUGUUCCUGUGUCACAGAGACCUAUAACAUGUCACAAAGUGUCACAAUAAAAUAAUGAAGAGGGUCCAGUGACGUCCAGAGUAUCCCAUAAUUAAUAAAAUGUUGCCAUUAGCCAUGUUGCUAAUUUUUCAUAAUUGCUUAGAAAAUGAGCAUAUUCUUUACAAAUUGGCCAUAAAUCUUUAUUUAGUCAAGGCUCCUUUCACCAUAAUACUAAUUUCUUAACCUACACCUCAGUUCUAUGGGCUAGAUACUCUUGAGACUCCCCUAUGUCCUAGAUGCUGUUCAGCAUGGGCGUAGCCAGGAUUUUUUUUUCGGGAGGGAUCCCCCCCCCCCGCAAAAAAAAUAAUAUAUAUGUAUAUAUAUGAGUGUGUGUUAAUAAAUCUUCAUUACAUUCUGACCCUUCAUUCUUUCGGAAGAAGUUUAUUGUAGACUCCCCGCCUUUGCCAGAAAGGAUGUCUGGGGAAGCGCUGUGAGCAAAGCACUAUUUCCGGUAUUGAAAGCCAACAAAAUGCAUUAUCCUGCUAUUAAAAAGUUUUAUUUCAAAAACCUAAUCUGCUAUUCUUGCUUACUUAGAUCCUCCCGCGCCGUUCGGCGCAUUGGGCGGCAAGCUGCUUCCACAUAAAUCUGUCACUGGCAAUGUCUGAAGCCUCUUCCCAUCUGCUCUGAGGACAGAUCCCCUGUUUCCAAUAUCUAAAGAGAUAUAUAUCCUAUUUCUAUAUCUAUAUAAUAAGUGAACAUAAAUAAAAACAAUAUUUGCUGUAUGGCAUCAAUCGAAUUUAUUUGAUUUUUUUUUUGUUCAGUAAAAACAAAAUGAUUCUUUCUAUACAUGACACAUCAUUGAAAUCAAUACAACUGUAGUAGAGUUACCUUGUCAUAUGAAAAGACACAAAAUGAAUCACAAACAUCCAUGGUCAUAAAAAAGGAGCAAAUGACAUCAUCAAAAUGUUACCAGCUCAAGUAGAUGACAUCAUCAAAAUGUUACCAGCUCAAGUAAAUGACAUCAUCAAAAUGUUACCAGCUCAAAUAAAUGACAUCAUCAAAAUGUUGCCAUCUAAAUGACAUCAUCAAAAUGUUACCAGCUCAAGUAAAUGACAUCAUCAAAAUGUUGCCAUCUAAAUGUCAUCAAAAUGUCACCAGCUCAGAUAAAUAAUAUUUACUUUACAAUAACCAGAAGACAAAAAAAAAUGUGUCUGACUGUCAAUGGUAAUACAUUGACUAAAUGCAAUUGAGAUAUAAAUAAAUAAAUAAAUAAAUUUGAUCAAUGAUUGCUUUGGAGUCUAGAAAUUUAUGUAUAUUUUUUGAACAGUUCAUUAAUCAUUCUAACUUUGAUAUUUGUACUUUAAAAAUUUUACCAAAAAAAAAAAUUCAUUAAAAAAAUGUAAAUAUUUCUCCUCAAGCUGAAAGACUACAUAGAUCUGAAGUAAUUGUGAAGUAAACUGAAAGACUAAGCUAGGUUACUUGAAUGUAGGAUAGUAAGGUUGGCUUUGAGUGUCGAAGUAAUUCAAGGUCAAAAGAUGUAUGUAAAUGUUUAGACUCUGGACUUAAAGAAAAGGUAAUAAGUAUGUAAAAAAACAAAAAGUAAAAAAAUAUAAAUUUAGUGAUAAAAUUGUACAAUUGCAUUUAGUAUCAAAAUAUGUAAGUGAUCAACUUUGGACAUAAUUACUACACGCAAAAUAUAGGUAUAUUUAUUUACACAUAUAAUAUUAUCCAGCAGUAGAAUAAAUGCGGUGAAAAUUCUUUAAAUACAAUUUUAAUAACAAAUUUACUACAUCAGGUUAAGUUUUUUACUAAGCAACAAAAAAAAAAUUUGAAUUACAGCUCAAGCUAAAAGAAAAUUUUGGUGUAUAUUAUAUCUUAUAAGUUACAGAAGUUCUUUAAAAAAAAAUUAAUUAUUCCAAGUAAUAAAAAAGUUAUAGUUGCAGGGAUUAAUUUUUUUCUUGUCAUUCUUUGACUGAACAAAAGAAACAUCUCAAAAAGAAACAUCUCAAACAGAAACUUUGAUGUUGGGAUACUACAAUAUGUGCCUGUUUCAAAACAUGUAAUAAAUAUUGAUGGUCCCUCAAAUGCUUCACGAGUACAAACAACUUGCUCUCAUAAAAAAAAAAACGGAUAAAAAAUGUAAACCUCAGCACUUAAAUAAUUU